CGUCUUUGCUCAAGCAAUUAAAGACGACGCAUCAAGUGGACCAGCCCACGUCAUUGCGCCGUAUCGGAGCAAAUAUUUGUUUUGCUUCAUUUACAAUGCUUUUUUUUCUUAGCUCAGAACACAUCGCACAGUGUAUGGAAGAAUGGUAGCAAUGCACGAAGAGCCCGCUGAUCCGCCUCUACGCAAGAGGAGAAAGACUCCCAAGACAAGAACUGGUUGUCAAACCUGCAGGGACCGGCGUAUAAAAUGUGAUGAACAACGACCUGCCUGCUACAGAUGUGUGGCGUCCAAGCGAAAGUGUCCCGGGUAUGAGACGACGGCUUCUCAAUCCUGCAGCCGACGGCGAGCGGCCAUUGAUAACGUGUUUGAUGACUCGCUAUUUCCCCUAGUACUUCACCCUCCAACUCUACCGUUCGCAGUAACUCCUGCUGAGAGCAACACAUUCGACUACUUUAGGCUCCAUUUGGGGUCAAGUCCGAACAGCACGUCAUCUUGGCUUCCUUCAUGGGCUCAUUCCGUUCUUCAUAUUGGGCAAAAAGUGCCUGCAGUGUUUCAUGCCAUUACCUCAUUUAGUGCAUUUUACCAGUGGUCUACAGAAGGCUAUGCAUUCAAGAGCUAUCAUCAACGCAUGGCGCUGUCAGAGUCCAUCAUAGAUACCCGCCACCAGUUUGCUAUUGACCAGUAUUGCAAAAGCAUCAAGUUUAUGCGGGAAUACGUCCGUGGAAUAUCGAAUGGAGACUACUCUGACGCCGAGGCUGAAAUAUGUCUUGUUGUCUGUCUUUUAUUCCUCUCCAUAGAAAUUCUCCAGUUUGAAAAUAAUGCCACCGUCCAUUACGACCUGGCAAUGAAGAUUAUCCGCGACCGAGCGUCGCGCUGGUCCAAAAUCAGCGCUGCCAAGCGAGAGCCAACUAUUACAGACAAAUCGAUAUCAACAUUAGCACAAAAGCGGCAAGAGAUGCGGCUACAGACACAGUCCAUCACUCCUCUGGAUAGCUUGAUCCAAACAUUUGCGAAAAUGGAUACAGAUUUAUGCUUCCGUGGCCAAGAAGAACCUCAAUUUAUAUUAAACUGCUGCAAAAUCCCGACAUCUUUCCUCUCGCUAGAUGAGGCUCAGGUUCACCUCGAUGUAUUAGCCAACGCAGUACACCGAGUCCGUGGUAGACUGAUGGCGAUUGCGGCAGCGGUAGCCAAACAAGAGUUUCCAAACGCGACAGCCAACGAUCUCGUGUGUCUUACGGAGGCAACGAGUCGAUUCAUGGACCUCACCGAGCAUCUUGAACUAGUGAAAGAAAUGGAAGAUGUACGACGGAAUUUAACCAUGUACAUGUCGGCAUUCGUCGCAAUCCCAAUCCAGCAGCGAGGUGAAACGCUCAAGACGCAUUUGAAGAUGCAGAUGCAUUUCACCAGCAUCUGGAUAUUUAGCUCUAUUUGGAGAGAUGAAGAUGAGUCUAGCAGCGACCGUUUCGAUGGACAGUUUAAACACAUGUUGGCGACAGCAGAUCGGUACUUCCAACUCAGCAAUAUCGCAUCGCCACGAGACUCGCCAUCAUCGGCGAUAACACCGCCAGACGCUCCAGGCCCGGUCCCGUUUACACUAGAGUCAAACAUAGCCCUCUGCCUCUUUUUAAUAUCUGCAAAAUGUCGCAAAUCAAGCAUGAGAAAACGAGCAGCAAAGUUGCUUCGCCGGGCGAGUCUCUGUGGCCUGUUCGACUCAAUGAUAUUCGCAGAAUACGCAGAGCGACUCAUCGAAUUAGAAGAGGAACGAGCGCGGCGCAUGCGCAGCGACGACACAAGCUACGAUGAUUUCGACUAUGAAGACAUACCCGAGGCGGCUAGGAUUGUCGACAGUACUAUAUUGGUAGACAAAACGGCAAAGACGGCUCGACUUCAUUUUGUUGUACAUCCGAACUGGCCUGCGUCGUCACAGCUAGAGGUCAUGGAUGCUGAGUUUAACUUUGAGGCACUGCGGCUUUCCUAAACCAGCAGGAUUUCAGAUCAAUACCAUAUAAUUUUAUAUGAUUAAUAAAAUAGCUAAUCCACUCCAUCCAUCUUCGUGGCUGGAUUGAUCAGAUAUCCAUCGAGAUACAUCAUAUUAUAUCGGCCGUUCUCAUCAUCCCUUAGUGGUACAGGCUCCGCCUCGUUUGCAAGACGGCUUGUGAAGCCAUGUGACAAAAGAUGACCGAGAAUUCGAGCUCUUUUGAUGGUAACCAAUGUUUCCAAAGGUAGUCCACCGACUUCUGUAGCAAAGGUCGACCAAAACGUGUGCUCCAAAGCAUCGUAGUCAGGAAACCUAGACCAGCCAUUGCGGAGGUGCAUUGAUCCCGCAAAUGCCUGAAGAGAGUGUAAAUUCAGACCAAAUGGGCUGAUGACAGCCUCAGCCCAGUCGAUUACGCCUUUCAAGUAGCAUGAUUCGGGGUCUACAAGCAAGUUGCAGGCACCAAAAUCCUUGUGGAGGAGAACCAUGGGCAAUGCCAUGAUGUCGGUAAGUGAGGCCAGACAAUUCUGGAUACAACGCCAGAAUCUGCCUGGAAGACCAUCUAGAAGAAGUGUCAAAUCUGUUCUAUAGCUUCUUUCUAGCUCAUCGCGGUAUUCUACAGAAACUUGCUGUGAACUGCGCCAUGAUUGUGCAAAGAAACUAGGUGAUGUUAGCAGAUGGG